AUGUUAGUCACCAGCGGUCCGCAGGGAUGUUGUGGAGCUCGCGACUCCACUAGAGCCAUGUCACGAGAGAGGGAAUAUGACAAUGCCCAUGACGGUGAUGUUGAUGCUGGUGCGGGUGCGGCUGCCGAUGCUGGUGCUGGUGCCGAUGCUGGUGCUGGUGCUGGUGCUAUUGCUGAUCUGGUGCUGAUGCUGCUGCUGAUGCUGCUGCUGCUGAUGCUGCUGCUGCUGAUGCUGCUGCCGACGCCGACGUCGAUGCUGGAUGCUGCUGAUGCUGAUGCCGAUGCUAAUGCUGAUUGA